AGGGGCGGGGCUUAUCCAGCGCCGGAAGUGAACACUCGCUGCGCCGUCGCUAUAGUGACGGCGGCCGGAGGCGGGGCGGCAGAGCCGGAAGUGGAGUCGGGGGCCAGACAGGAGAGCCCCAGCUUGUCUCACCCCCUCCAGGAAGCACCAUGGAGACGAAGCGCAUAAGCCUCUGCCUGCUCGUGGUUCUGUUUCUUGUCCUGGUCCUCCAGAUCUUAUCGGCCAUCGAUUUUGACCCCUAUCGAAUCCUUGGAGUCAGCAGGACAGCUAGCCAAGCGGAAAUCAAAAAGGCUUACAAGAAACUCGCCCGGGAGUGGCAUCCGGACAAAAACAAGGACCCGGGGGCAGAGGAUAAGUUCAUACAGAUCAGCAAGGCUUACGAGAUCCUGUCCAACGAGGAGAAGAGAUUACAUUUCGACCGCUACGGCGAUGUGAGUGAAAACCCCGGCUACCCUCAGCAGCAGCAGCACCAGCACCACCGCCCCUUCCACCCCUUCCACGAAAGCUUCUAUUUUGACGAGUCUUUCUUCCACUUCGGGUUCAACCCGGAACGCCACGACUCCUCCGACGAGAAGUACCUGCUGCACUUCUCCCACUACGUCAACGAGGUCGUGCCCGACAGCUUCAAGAAGCCCUACCUCAUCAAGAUCACCUCCGACUGGUGCUUCAGCUGCAUCCACAUCGAGCCUGUGUGGAAGGAGGUGGCGCAGGAGCUCGAAGCCCUGGGCGUGGGGAUUGGCGUCGUUCAUGCCAGUUACGAAAGACGCUUAGCCCACCACUUGGGAGCCCACAGCACCCCGUCAAUCCUGGGACUUAUCAACGGGAAGAUCACCUUUUUCCACAACGCGGUGGUUCGGGAGAAUCUGCGCCAGUUUGUGGAGGGCCUCCUUCCGGGGAAUCUCGUUGAGAAGAUCACAGAUAAAAACUACGUUCAGUUUCUGUCCAACUGGAAGAAGGAGAACAAGCCCCACGUCCUUCUGUUUGACCACAUGCCCCUCGUGCCGCUCCUCUACAAGCUGACUGCGUUUGCCUAUCGGGAUUACCUCUCCUUUGGGUACAUCUAUGUGGGCCUCCGCGGGACUGAGGAGCUCUCCAGCCAGUACAACAUUAACGUCUACACCCCCACAAUGAUGGUCUUCAAAGAGAACAUUGAGAAACCGGCGGAUGUCGUCCAGGCCCGAGGCAUGAAAAAGCAGCUGAUGGAUGACUUCCUCUCCCAGAACAAGUUCCUCCUGGCCACCCGGCUCACCAGCCAGAAGCUUUUUCAGGAGCUGUGCCCCACAAAGAAGUCCCACAGGCAGCGCAAGUACUGUGUGGUCCUGAUUACCGGGGAGGGAGAGAAGUACAAACCGAGCUACGAAGCCUUCCUGGCCUUUGCCACGGCCAACACGAAAGACACCCUGAGAUUCGUCCACGUCUACAGCAACUAUCAGCGAGUGUUUGUCCACACUCUUUUAACGGACGAUGAAAAGUUUUGGGGGAAAUCAGCGGUGGUGGUCUUGGAGAGGCGGGACGACACUGGCCAGGUGGCCUACCAAGCCCUGGAAGACCCCUGGAGCGGCAGCCAAGAAGACAGUUUCGUCCUCCUGGAUCUUCUGGAUCAGCUGAGGACCGACCCGGGUGUCCUCUCUUCGGACACCAUCCUGCCAGACCUCAAUGAUGAACUUGCUCCCGUUUUCUUCAUCCGAUGGCUCUCCUCCGCUGCUGGUUACAUCUCGGACUGCUGGGACAGCCUCUUCCACAGCAACUGGCGAGAAAUGAUGCCUCUCUUAUCGCUGAUCUUCUCGGCUCUCUUCAUCCUAUUUGGGACAGUGAUUGUUCAGGCUUUCAGCGACUCGAGUGACGAGAGGGAUGUGCCUCCCCCCCAGAAGGAAGACGGCCCGCUGAAGAGCGAGAAGAACGACUCGAGCUUCACCAAAGAAAACAGGGUCCCCAAGAAGGGCUUCGUAGAGGUGACGGAAUUGACGGACAUUACUUACACAAGCAACCUGGUGCGGCUGAGGCCCGGCCACAUGAACGUGGUGCUGAUCCUCUCCGGCUCCACCAAAACGCCUCUCCUGCAGAAGUUUGCUCUGGAGGUCUACAGUUUCACCGGGAGCAGCUGCCUCCACUUCUCCUUCCUGAACCUGGACAAGCAUCGGGAAUGGCUUGAGGACGUCUUGGAGUUUGCCCAGGACGCAGCUCCCAUCCCGAACCAAUACGACAAGCACUUUCUGGAGCGCGAUUACACCGGCUACGUCCUGGCCUUGAAUGGCCAUAAAAAAUACUUCUGCCUUUUCAAGCCUCGCCGAUCGGAGGAAGAAGGGGCCACCCUCCCAGGAGGGCGCUCCGAGGAUCCUGACCUGGGGGAAGCCCGCGGGAAGCCCUCCUCUUCCUCAUGCAGUCCGAAGACCAGGUGGCUGAAAAACAAACUUGGCAAACUGUCCUUGUGGAUGGAGCGGCUCUUAGAAGGCUCCUUGCAGAGGUUUUAUAUCCCCUCCUGGCCAGCGCUAGACUGAGGUGCCUUUUUUUUCCCCUUAAAAGAAGGAAAAUCUGUCAGCGCAGACAUUAAAAGGGGACGACUCUCAUUGGGAGAAUGCUGCCUUGGGUCCGAUCGACCGUAUGUAGCUUUUUAGAGGAAUCCUCCUAGAGGCCCCGUGAUUUAGACGCCUCCUGCCCAAGUCCUUGACCUACGAGCCGCCUGGCAUGGAUGCUCCAGAAGGAGGGCCUCCCUCCCUGGGGCACCCGAUGGUCCUCAGCAUUCAGGGGCUGCCCUGCCGAACACUGACCGUCUUGGGCCGCCUCCCCGCCUCCCUCUCUGGCUUCCUCCCCACCUGCUUCUCGCCUACCCUCCAGCUCUGAUGAACACCUCGCUGCUGGGGGGGGGGGGGACCCUUUGUGUGCAUAUUAGGGUUCAUUUGUGCUUUUUUUUUUUUUUUUUAGUAAGAUGGGGAUUUGUUUUCACGGGCGCUCCUCCUUCUGUGUGCAGUUCAGAUCAUGCUGCCCUU